AUGGUUCAGAACAAGGCUUUGAUCUUCAAGAAGGUCCCUCAGGGCCUCCCCGUUCCCGGCGAGCACUUGACCAUCGAGUCGACCGAGUUCGAUGUCGACCAGGCCCCUCCUCAAGGUGGCUUCACCGUCAAGAACCACUACAUCAGCUUCGACCCUUACCAGCGUGGCCGUAUGCGCGAUGCCAACACCAAGUCCUACUCCGCUCCUUUCGCCCUCGACAAGCCCAUCACCAACUCUGGUAUCUCGACCGUCCUCAAGUCCGACAACGACAAGUUCCAGGCUGGUGAUGUCGUUGUUAUGAUGCAAGACACUGCUGAGUACAGCGUCGUCUCCAAGGACCAGGCUGCUUCUGCUCGCAAACUCGAGAACCCCUACAACCUCGACCCCAAGCUCUUCGUUGGCGCCCUGGGCAUGCCCGGUCUUACCGCCUACUCGAGCUUCUACGCUAUUGGUGAGCCCAAGAAGGGCGAGACCAUCUUCAUCAGUGCCGCAUCUGGUGCCGUUGGCCAGCUCGUUGGCCAGCUCGCUAAGCACGAGGGCCUGAAGGUCAUCGGCUCCGUCGGUGACGACAAGAAGAAGGACUACAUCACCAACGACCUUGGCUUCGAUGGCGCCUUCAACUACAAGAAUGAGAAGCCUGCCGAUGCCCUUGCCAGACUUGCUCCCAACGGUGUCGACAUCUACUACGAGAACGUCGGUGGUGAGCACCUCGAGGCCGCAAUCAACGCCAUGAACGACUUCGGUCGCAUCAUCUGCUGCGGUAUGAUCUCGCAAUACAACACUGCUCCUGGCGAGCAAUACCCCAUCCGCAACCUCAUGCAGAUCGUCGCCAAGCGCCUGAAGGUCCAGGGCUUCAUUGUUGGUGACGCAGGCAUGGGUCCCAAGUACUUCGUCGACCACCAGAAGAACGUCCAGAAGUGGAUUCACGAGGGCACCUACAAGCCCCAGUUCAGUGUCACUGAGGGCAUUGACAACGCCGCUGAGGGCCUUCUUGGCCUGUUCUCGGGCAAGAACUUCGGCAAGGCCGUCCUGGAGAUCUCCAAGCUCUAA